AUGCAUUUGUGCAGAUCUCGGCGAUAAGUCCCAUGCAUCAGAGUGUAACCAGGUAUUCCAAUACAGAAAUCGUGCUGGUAAGUCUGAGUUUUCUGUCUCUUUGACUAAGCCCACACUUAAAGUUGCUCCUUUUCCUACCAGCCCAAACAGGAGUCUGAAAAAAAUACGUUGUCACAUGACCUUCAGUGGCUAAAACAUACUGGCUGCAAGUCUGUCAAAUUAAACAAAUCUAAAAAUAUUAUUCAGUGGUUAGCAGAAUUUUUUAACCCUUGUAUGAAGCAAACUGCCGCGCAAAUGAAAGGGUUUUACUUCUUUCAAGAGAGAAGUUAAGUCUGACUUUUUAGAUGUAGCUCUUACUAAAAUAACAGUUGGAUGCAAGUUUUUUUUCACCGGAGCCUAGGCAUUUGGGAAGUACCCAAAUGGACUAGGGAGAAGUAGAAAUGAAGUGUGAAGAAAAACGUGUUUUAAUAUGUGAAGUUCUAGCUGCAGACUUUAAACUCCGUUUACUACUUGUAAGGAAUUUAAUUCAACUCCUGCGCCCACGUUACUUUCUGUACUGCCCUGCGCUUUCUUAACCCCUCAACUUCCUGGAUACUGGAGGACUUGUCUGAGCACGUGUAAUAUGAGAGUAUCUAUGCCUCCCGAAAGAGAUGGGAACACGAGAUCCACUGUUUUUAGCUGGUGUAACUUUCCCUCAGGAGUAUCCUAUUUAUGAAGAGACAAGGAUAAAGCUGACAGUGUAUGAUGUCAAGGAUAAAUCCCAAGAAACUCGGAGCUUCCUGGGUUGCACUACUUUCAAAGUAGGGGACUUACUGAAGUCAGAAGAACAAAAGUUAACCCUCAGCCUGCGAACUCUAGAUGGUGGGAAAGAAGUAGGUAUCAUUGAAGUCAGUCGGAUGACAAUGGGAGAAACAGAGGAUGGGGUAACGGAUAAUGUCACAAAAGAAACACAGGAGCAGAAGUGCGUAUUAGAUUGUGAAUGCCCAUCACCUGGAAAUGCGCUUGAAAAUAACAGUCCUCUCUUUAAUGCAGUGUUUAAAAACCCCAUCUCAAAAGUGUACAGAUUUCCUGCUGCUGACAAGUGGUUGUAUGUCCGGGAACAGAUGGCUGAGAGCAUACUAUCGUUUCAUAUUCCCAAAGAGCUUAUAUCCUUGUUUAUUAAAGAGGAUACAAGCAGGAUCCAGGAGUUAAAAGAACUUGGGGAACUCUCCCCUCACUGGGACCACCUGCGUCAGAGUGCCAUUUCUCAGUAUGAACAGAUUGUGAUAGCUUAUCAAGAGACUCUUGCAGAGCUAAACAAACUUACAGGGUCAUACUUUAAGCCAAGCUGCAGCAGAGGAGAGAAGACACUUGAAUUUAUUCCAGUUAACUUGCACUUACAAAGAAUGCACGUCCACAGUCCAAAGCAUAAAGAUGCUGUUUAUGAUGUCAUCACUGUUGGAGCACCAGCAGCACAUUUUCAGGGGUUUAAAAGUGGUGGGCUUCGAAGGCUUUUAAGUAGAUAUGAGGCAGAGAAACGCAACACUGGGUACCAGUGUAUUUACUAUUCCACAGAACACACUGAAAAGGCAAAAGAGGUCCUCAGUAGUAUUAAUCAACUACAGCCUCUCAUAUCAAGCCAUGCUGACCUCCUGCUUCAUUCAGCACAGCAACAGUCAUCAGACAGCUUGAAGGAGUCUUUGAAGAUGCUUUCAGAAAAAACAGAAGAAUUUGUGCACGCAUUUAAAGAUCAGCUCGUUAGAAGUGCCCUUUUAGCCCUAUACACAGCACGACCAAGUUGUGCUAACAGAAGAACUUCAGAACCUAGCAAUAGUGAGGAAAAGCCUGAAGUACAACAGAUGAACUGCCCACCUCCAGUGACACGCCAGGAUUCCAUUCCUCAUCAUUCAGAAUACAAUGAAGAAGAAUGGGACAGGGCAUGGGCAAAUGUAGCCAUGAGUUUAAACUGCAUCAUACAACUGUCAGACAGGCUCCUAGAGCAAGAUGGGCACAGCAAGCAGUCUGAAACAGAAGGUUCAGUUGCAGAUGUUAUAACGUCCCAUAACACUGGUGACUGGCAUGAACAGCUGUAUCCAUUGGUGGUAACACUAAAGGAAUGUAUUGAAGAAGUGGUAGAAAGGGCAAAAAAAUCAAUGACGUUCGUUCUUCUUCAGGAAGCUGCAUGUGGAUUGCCUCAGGGUGUGGUGCUGAAUCAGAGAAGGGACAUGGUCUUUAGCCAAGCACUUGCGGGCUUAGUUUGUGGAUUUAUUAUCAAACUAUACACCAGCCUACAAGAUCAGCUCUUCUUGCUCCAGCUACAUACUGUUGGCAUAGUUGCACAAUAUGAGGGACUUCUUAGCAUGUACAGUGAUGAAAUUGGAAUGUUGGAAGAUAUGGCAGUGGGCAUUUCAGAUUUAAAAAAAGUGACAUUUAGAGUUGUGGAAGCCACAUCAGAUGACCUACAUCCCGUUUUGACUGGAAGGCGGGAGUGUUGUACUGUAGAAGUUAAAGUCCCCACACAGAUGUUUGAACAGUUGCCUGAAGAGAUCAAAGGUGGAAAGCUUAUGAAAGUUUACCCCAUACUAUUCAAUGUUGGGAUCAAUGAACAGCAGACACUUGCAGAAAGGUUUGGAAACAUUUCCUUGCAGGAAAGCAUCAACUUAGAGAACCUUGAGCUUCUGCAACAAUAUUACAAAUCGUUUACUGAAAAACUGUCCCCUGACAGUCUGCCACAGUUUCAGACAGCUACGGAUUUAAAGGAAAUGUUUGAAAACCUGCAACAAAACAUUGAUGCUAAGAAGAAAAAGAAUGUUGAAAUCCUGUGGCUUGCUGCUGCUAUCUGCCGCCAACUGAAUGGAAUCCGCUUCACUUGUUGUAAAAGUGCCAAAGAUCGGACGUCCAUGUCUGUGACAUUGGAGCAGUGCACUAUAUUAAGGGAUGAACAUGAAUUGCACAAAGACUUCUUUAUUCGUGCAUUAGACUGCAUGAGGAGAGAAGGAUGCCGAAUAGAGAAUGCACAGAAGAAUGCUAAAUGUAGAAAGUAUGCAUUCAACAUGAUACAGCUGAUGGCCUUCCCAAAGUACUACAGGCCCCCAGAAGGAACGUAUGGAAAGUCUGAUACCUAGUCAUCUGAUUAAAUAAGAGUGCUAUGCUCAUGUCAAGAAGGUGCUCAAUAAUUGCCUGUUUAACUGAAAAAAAUGUGAUAGCUAUCACAAUUAUAUGGGCAUUUUGUUUCAACUGUUGGAAUAUGGCCACAUUGACCACUUUUUAAGACUUCAAAAAGCCAUUUUUGUUAAUUGAAGUUUAAAUAUUUUGCAUACCAUCAGUACAAGCAUGCAUUUUAGCUUGACAUUUUUAAUACUGAAUGGCCUGUUUCUUGGAUCUAAAACAUAAUCCCAGCAUUUUAAUUAAUCACUAGCACUCCUAGCAGGCCACUGAGGAGUGGACGACAGGGCAAAACCCCCUGGCAUUCUAGAAGCGUGCAGUAUGUUUGUUGUGUUUCUAAAACAAGCUCUUAGUAUGUUUUUACAAUAAAUGAAAACAUGCCUAUUCUCUUAUUUAUUUUUUUACUGACAAAAGGCAGAAUGUUUGCUUACAUUUGUAUUAUAAAAUCUGUCAGUGCUGUGUUUUAUCAGUAUUAUCUUAAAUAUUAAAAUAUGCUACACCAAUUAAAAAGUGUAAUUAGGAAAGUACCAAGGCCUGUGGUAUUCCCGAUCCCAAUGUAUAUACUCUUCAAGUUAAGUAUUACAGCAUUUUAGUACAUGUAAUUAUUUGUGCAGUUGUUUCUUAUAUGGUAUAUUUCAGCUGCCAGUGUUAUAGUAUUAUUACUUAUAACUACAAUAGGAUAUCCAGGGCAAUGAUGCACUUCAUAUAGUAGUUAAAGACCUGCAACAAACUAAAAAUUAGAGCAAAAUGUUGUUUCCUAUUUUUUUAAACAGUUGGUUGUAUGUAUCCUGACCAUAAACAGACAUGCUGGGAUUGAUGGUUACUCUUAUUGGAAUGGAAGUAUUAUGGUAUGGGAAGUUGCAUGUUAGAAGAGAUUUGCAUGCACCCAGUUAAAUCAGAAAUUACCUCAGAUAGUCAUCUAAUGUUUGCUGUCGAUUCUGUUGUUGUUGUUGGUGGGGGGGGGGUAAUAUCCCCUCUUAACCUCCCAACUUUCAAAAGUUGACAGGAACUGGGGGUUAAAUAUGGGUUGCUAGCAGAAUGAUGGUGACAGAGCAAGUUGCCACUUAGAGCAACUGCAUAUAUUUAUAGUUAUGUAGUUAACCAUGUUGUAGGUACCAGACUUUGUAUGACACUAUCGCUGACUCUAAACCUUAUCAGGUAAGGUACACUGCACUUCAUUCACACAGGCUGUGAGACUUCAGCAGAGCAAGCUGGAGCUUCUUUUUCCUUUUUAGUGUAAUAGAGUAUUGUCAGCUUUUAAGUGAAUAUACUUGCAAGUCAGAUUAUUUGUGCUCUUAACAAAAAGAAUGUUAUGGAAUCUUUUGCAAUACCAGUACAGAGAAUACAAGCACAAGGUUUUAUCUUCACUGUAUUUUGAUGAUUUCACUAGGCAGGCAUAACUCAUUUCUCACAUUCUGUAAAGAAAAACAAAACAAAAA